AUGAGGUGAGAUCACUCCAGCACUUAUUAUUAUUCUAUUCGUUCCUGAGGGACUUAAAUUGGGGUUUAGCCUUCUGUUUAUCAUUCAUUUACUAAAUUCUUACUUCCAAUAGCCUCGAUUACAAAAUGAAGUGAAAAACAAACAGCGAAUCCUCAAUGACAGGCAAGAAUAUCUCAAGAAAUAAGGGUACUUUAAAUGACAUGGCUGAGCAAAAAUAUGAGAUUCCUAAGAUUCCAAUUUCAAGACUCAGUACGAAUGAUAAGAAAUCUAAGAGCAAGGGUGAUCUUGGAAUUAACGCCAACUCUAAGACUACCAACCUGAAUAGAUCUUUCAAUAGUACUUCAUUAAAGCUAGAUUAUUCUGAAAAUGGAUGCUCUUCAGUUAGAAAUACCAGCAAGCAUCAGCUUGGUAUUGCCUUCGGUCGUAGGAUUUCAACUGCAAGAAGAGUUCCGAAAAAUGUAGUUAAAGACAACGAAAUCGGCAACCCUACUCUCGAACAAUUCAUGGAAGUUUUCAAAGAGCAACUUCAGGAGCAGUUUCAAGAAUCUCUCACAAAAAUGUUAAUUCAAAUCCGUAAAUCAGGCCAAGACCAAAAGUCAGAUGUCAUGAAGAAACAAAAGGAACUUAGGUCUAAGCUUCCAGAAGCCACCCAAGACCCCAACCAAAAAAACAAAGCUAAAAAAGGAUUACACGAAAGAUCUCACUCAAAGUUUUGAGGCACUUGACUCCCAUCUUCAGAACAUGGAAGAACAGAAACUACAUGUGGGUAAUGACACUCAUAGUUCACCCAAGCCAGUUGAUGCCAUUUCAUCUGGUGAAGAGGCCCAUGAGAAAGAUGCUUCUGAUAAGGACUUGGCAGCAUCCAACAGCUCUGGGUCCAACAUGGUUCCUCUUCAGAAAAAUUCUAGAGAAGCACAAACCCAGACUGAGGAGAAAAAUGAUGACAGCAAUAAGAUAGAGAAGUCCGACUCUGCUGAGAUCAGCCAGGUUGAAUUCCAAGAAGAUGACAAGAAAAAUUCACUAUCACCUAUCUCAUUUGUUUACCCUAAGGAAGAAACAAAGGAAGAUUAUGAGCCAAUCAGAAGAAUCAGCUCCCUCAAGACCCAAAAUAUGAAAAGAUCGAGAUCUUUAGACUCAAGAGAGCUAAGAUCAACUUCAUCAGAAAGAAGCAAGAAACUCAAGAAGGAAAAACUUGAUCAAGAUCUAAGCAAAUUGCAAAAUGAAGCGCUUAUCAGGGAAAAGAAAGAAAUGGAGAAGGCCAUCAGUAAACUGGUUGAGAGAUUAGAGACACUUGAAGAUAAAUUCACCCAAAGCAAAACUGAAAAUGAUAAACUCCAAAAGAAGAACCAUGAAAUCAACAUUGCUCUUGAAGCAGCCAACAAAAAGCACCAGAAAGAACUAGAAGCUUAUAAAGAUCAGAAUAAAGAAGGAUCUCAAUUUUGGAACUACAUGAAUGCUUUUGUCUUAUUCAUAAUUUGCAUGGCAGCCUUGUAUAUGAAGCUUGAUGAAUAAUUUUCAAAUAUAUCAUUUU